UGAAGCUUCUGCUACUGCUCUCGCCAUGUCCAAGUCAGAGUCCCCCAAGGAGCCCGAGCAGCUUCGGAAGCUGUUUAUCGGAGGCCUGAGUUUCGAGACGACGGACGAGAGCCUAAGGAGCCAUUUUGAGCAAUGGGGCACGCUUACAGACUGCGUGGUGAUGAGGGAUCCAAAUACCAAACGUUCCAGGGGCUUUGGUUUUGUUACCUAUGCCACAGUGGAAGAGGUAGAUGCAGCCAUGAAUGCAAGACCUCACAAAGUUGAUGGCAGAGUUGUUGAACCAAAGAGAGCUGUUUCCAGAGAGGACUCUCAAAGGCCAGGCGCCCACUUAACUGUGAAAAAGAUCUUUGUGGGUGGCAUUAAGGAAGACACUGAGGAGCAUCACUUAAGAGACUAUUUUGAACAAUAUGGAAAAAUUGAAGUGAUUGAAAUCAUGACUGACCGAGGCAGUGGCAAAAAGAGAGGCUUUGCUUUUGUUACUUUUGAUGACCAUGAUUCUGUGGAUAAGAUUGUCAUUCAAAAAUACCAUACUGUGAAUGGCCACAACUGUGAAGUAAGGAAAGCUUUGUCUAAGCAAGAUAUGGCCAGUGCUUCAUCUAGUCAAAGAGGUCGAAGUGGUUCUGGAAACUUUGGUGGUGGCCGUGGAGGUGGCUUUGGUGGAAAUGAUAACUUUGGCCGUGGUGGGAACUUCAGUGGUCGUGGUGGUUUUGGUGGCAGUCGUGGUGGUGGAGGAUAUGGUGGAAGUGGAGAUGGCUACAAUGGAUUUGGAAAUGAUGGAAGCAACUUUGGAGGUGGUGGAAGCUACAAUGAUUUUGGCAACUACAACAAUCAGUCUUCAAACUUUGGUCCCAUGAAGGGAGGAAACUUCGGAGGCAGGAGCUCAGGCCCUUAUGGUGGGGGCCAAUAUUUUGCCAAACCACGUAACCAAGGUGGCUAUGGCGGUUCCAGUAGUAGCAGUAGUUACGGCAGUGGCAGAAGAUUUUAAUUACUGUUAGGAAACAAAGCUUAGCAGGAGAGGAGAGCCAGAGAAGUGACAGGGAAGCUACAGGUUACAACAGAUUUGUGAACUCAGCCAAGCACAGUGGUGGCAGGGCCUAGCUGCUACAAGAAGACAUGUUUUAGACAAUACUUUUUGUGUAUGGGCAAAAAAACACCAGGACUGUAUUUGUGACUAAUUGUAUAACAGGUUAUUUUAGUUUCUGUUCUGUGGAAAGUGUAAAGCAUUCCAACAAGG